UUUAAUCCGAGACGCAUUUGACUGAUAAGUAGGGUGCAGAUUGGUCCUUAUGAUUUUGGUGUGUUCGAGGAGAUUUUGUGCUUUGAUGUGAUUUGGAUUUUGUCUUAAAACUUAGCCAAGAUGUCAAGUGGAGCAACUAGAAAGUUAUUAGCACCAAAAGUCAUUCGAGAUUUUAAAAGGUCAUACUCCAAGGACCGACCUUAUUCCACCGCCCUAGGUGUGAUGCCACGAGUUUACGAGGAUGAUAUUUACGAGUACAAAGUCGAAAAAGUUGACGUCAUCACCAAAGACUACAGCGAAAUACCCGGACCAAAAGAGCUACCCCUCAUCGGCAAUGCCUGGAGAUUCGCCCCUUUGAUAGGUCAGUACAAAAUCCACGAGCUGGAUAAAGUAAUGUGGUCUUUGAGGAAGGAAUACGGGAAAAUAGUCAAAGUAGGAGGUCUCGUCGGGCAUCCGGAUCUACUGUUCGUGUUCGACGGUGACGAUAUCAAGAAGGUAUUCAAACGAGAGGAAACCCUGCCUCACAGGCCGUCUAUGCCUUCGCUCCACUAUUACAAGCAGCAUCUCCAGAAGGAGUUCUUUGAAGGGAAUGAGGGAGUCAUAGGAGUGCAUGGUCCAAAAUGGGAUGUUUUUCGAAAACAAGUCCAGCAAAUUUUGUUGCCACCUUCAACCGCAAAAAAAUAUGUGGAACCUCUAGACAUUAUUGCUACCGAUUUUUUGGACAGAAUGGAACAGAUGCUGGAUGAUAAUAGAGAACUCCCUGACCAUUUUCUAUCAGAAAUUUACAAAUGGGCGCUAGAAUCUGUGGCAAGAGUUUCUCUCAAUACGAGGCUAGGUUGCCUGGAACCCACUUUAUCAAAAGACUCUGAAUCCCAAAGAAUUAUAAAUUCCAUCAACACAUUCUUCUGGAACGUCGCAGAGGUGGAGCUGAAGUUCCCUGUGUGGAGGGUGUACAAGAACAAAGCUUUCAGAAAAUAUAUCGGAGCACUUGAGGACUUCAGAACUUUGUGCUUGAAAUACAUCAACCAAUCAAUGGAGAAGAUGGAAAGUAAAAAUUACGACAACGUUAAAGAAGAAGAUAUUUCAAUUGUAGAAAGGAUAUUGAUCAAAACUGGAAAUCCAAAAUUGGCAGCCGUCCUAGCCUUGGAUCUUUUGCUAGUUGGCGUUGAUACGACAUCCAUAGCAGCUGCUUCAACGAUAUACCAGCUAAGCCAAAAUCCAGAGAAACAGCAAAGGUUGUUCCAAGAGUUACAAGGCAUUCUUCCCAAUCCAGACUCAAAAGUAGAGGCAUCGACUCAAGAGCAUAUGCCUUAUCUGAAGGCAUGUAUAAAAGAAACUCUAAGGAUGUAUCCUGUCAUUAUAGGAAAUGGAAGGAGUCUGCAGUCAGAUACUGUCCUUGCGGGAUACAAAGUACCAAAAGGAACCCAUGUGAUAUUCCCUCAUCUGGUGGUCAGUAACAGCGAAGAAUACAUUGAAGAACCAGAUAAAUUCAUGCCAGAAAGGUGGUUGAAGUCGAGUCACCCCGAAUGUCCAGUGCACCAAAAGAAAAUCCACCCUUUUCUAUCGUUACCAUUUGGUUACGGAAGGAGGUCUUGCUUGGGCAGGAGAUUCGCAGAGACUGAACUGAAUAUUUUAUUAGCAAAGAUUUUCAGGAAAUACGAAGUCGGUUACAAAUAUGGACCACUAAGUUACAAAAUAACCCCCACCUACGUUCCAGAGCAGCCUUUGAAGUUUAAACUCACAAAACGACAAUACUAGAAGAAUAUCUGUCACUUAUAAAUUUAUUAUUUGUUAAUGUAUUUUAUAGUUUGGAAUAUAAAUAUUUUUUUA